AUGCAGCGUUCGAGCUCGCUGUACGUGGCGCCCAACUGUGGAGGGUCGUCCGUGACGAUUCCGCCGCUGCUCACCACGCUCAGCAGCAGCCCGGACCACCACCACCAGCACCAGCAGCAGCAGCAGCAGCAGCACCAACAUUACAGCGUCGUCACACCAAUCGAUACGAUUACGCUGGAAGCAAAUCUGCACAGUCCCCCGUCCGGGCGGGGUUCCCUCAAGCGCAAACUGCCCAUCACCGAGCUGGAGGACCACUUUCCCGUCUCGGUAACGGUGGCGCCGUACGGGACGCUGCCGGACGCGGUCGCCAACGGUCCGUUGGUGACGAAACCGCGGAAGGACAUCGAGACCGGCGGUGGCAUCGGGGUGGAGCUGCACGAGUUCCCCGCGUUCGGGCAGGCCUUCCAGGGUGUGUCCGGCAUCGGGCAGUUCUACGUGAUCGGACCGAACGAUACGAACAACAACAGUCCGGCGAACCCGCUCGGUGAGGCGCAUGACCAGCAUCACCACCAGCUCGCGACGUACAUCUACGACGUGCCGGGUGGGAUCGACACCGGUGCGGACGGGACGGAGGUCAUACCGAUCGGCGAGCAUCACCUAACGUCGGCCGUGCUGGCGCCGGUCGUGAGCGAUGUGGUGCACCAGUCGAACGGUAUCGUGCUGACCGAUAUCAGCUCCUCCACCUGGACCAGCACGGCCGAGCUGCUCGAUCUGGACCGGAAGGGGUCGGCUGCCGCGACCAUGCCCACCAACGUCCACCACCAUCGCUACUCCAUUGUGAGCACCGAGCAUCAUCAGCAGCAACUGCAGCAGCAACAACAUCAACAGAACAGCCAUCAACAGCAUCACCAUCAUCAGCAUCAUCAGCAUCUUACCUCACACCACCAUCAUCAGCAGCAGCACCAUCAUCACCACCACCAGCCGCUGCUCCACGCGCAGCACGCCAUGCACCCCCACCAUCAACCUCAGCAACAAUCGAUAACCUCACCGUCGUCGCCCCGGCCGCCGCCACCUCCACCUCCACCGCCGCCCGCACCGAAUGCAGCCUCAGCGAAUGCCGAACAUCUGCACAGCCAUCGCAACAAUCAAGAACUGACCCAGCAGCAGCAGUACGGUGGCGGUGCUGGUGACAACGGCAGCCUCAACAAUCAGAGCACCGCCAGCAGCUGGUCGAACGCGUCCACCGACGGUCACAGUCCCGGCCGUGCCGAACCGACCACAGCGACCCCGGCCGGUGGCGGACUGGCACUCACCAACGGGUUGAAGACUCCCGAACGGCUAGCAUCACAAACUCCGGACACUCCAGAAGACUGCAAGAAUCUGUCAUGGUUGCUCAACUUCAAGCUCGACGACAUCCCGAACCUCUCGCCGCGCUCCAACCGGAAGCAGCGCUCGAAAGCGUUUGCCGCCGGUCCCGGGGCGGGGCCGAACCCGGACGGGGUCAACGCGGGCGGUAGCAGCGGCAACCUCGGCGGUGACUCCGGCACGGUCGCCAUCGAGGAAGGUGACCUGAAUGUGGGCGAAAACGUGACGAUCGAAAGCAGCAACGGCAAGUCCCCGAAGAAGCCACCGUUUACCUACACGGAGCUGAUAGAGUACGCGCUGGAGGAGCAGGGCGAUCUAACUGUUGCAGCUAUCUACCAGUGGAUCUCUGAUCACUUCCCGUACUACAAAUCGCAUGACGACCGUUGGAAAAACUCCGUCCGCCAUAACCUGUCGAUAAAUCCACACUUCCGCAAGGGUCGCAAAUCGUCGCACGGUUCCGGCCACCUAUGGACAAUCUCUAGCCGCAAUUCGGAGGAUAAUUUUCUUGCCUGGGAGCAUAAAAAGCAACGCUUUGAAUGGUUUUUCAAGAUGGAGGCGAAUGCGCGUAUGCGCGAGGUUGGCACGAGCGACACGAUGACGGAUGCGGAGGUGGCGGCUGCGACAGCUAGUUUGGCACAGUAUGUGCCAAAAUCUCCCACCACUGCAUCACCGGUGAAUCAGUGUUUGGACGCGUUAAAUCCCGGUGCAUCUGAGCCGCACCGCCAACAUCUGUCACAUCCAAUGCAGUCCCAGCAGCAACAGCAUCAACAGCACCAACAGCAGCACCAUCACCAUCACCCGCAGCAGCAGAUUACCGCCACGUACCAUGAGGCGCAAACGUUGUACGCGGACAUCAUCACCAGCGCGCAGUUCAAGGUGACAACCAGAACGGAAGAGAUCAAGCAUCCGGACGAUGACACCUUCAACGGGUUGCGGCGCGGAGGGGAUAUACAGAUCGACCGUCCAACGCAAACGAUCCAGACGUACGAGAUGCUAGAUUCUGCGGAGUAUAACAUUGCCGACUACCUGAACCCGGUGCCGAAGGAAGAAAUUGUGCAGGAGUGUGGAUUGCGAUCGGUGGCACUCGAUCCGGCCGAGCUCGGUAUCAACAUCCCGUCCGCUACCGGCCAGGACGACGAUAUACUGUUCGACGACUUCAACCUGAACUACUUCGGCAACAACAUCAUGACCUGA